AUGCCAUUGCCCGCCGACGUGGACGACUUCAAAAUGCCACCCUUCAGUGUGCUCAUGAAGCUGGUGAACAAUCGGUCACCUGAAGAAGCUUUAAAGCACCUCAAGGAGAAGGAGCCGUGGAGACUGAAGCGUCAGCUCGGAAUCUAUUCUCCUACGCCCCAGUAUCAACCCCUUCAGUACAUAGAAGACAAGCCGUUCUGGCAGAGCAGCAAGUUCGUGAAGAGGAAGAUGAAGAAGUACUACGAGAAACAGCUCAUCAAGCGAAUGGAGCAGGACGGCAUCAACUUGAGAUAUCUUCCGAGCCCCAAAGACCGCCUCGAGUUGGCAGGCACACAACUGUUGGGCGGAAUCAAUGGCUUCAAGGUGGAGAAAAACUCCUGGAAGAAGCUGGCCUCCAUGAGCGCUGAGGAGAUCUUAGAGGCCGCCAGUGAUCAGCGGUAUUUGCGGCUAAGUGCUGCCAGCAAAGACAUUCCGAUCGAUUGGCGUCCGGGCUACCAAACAACGGCGAUUCGAGACAUGCAGCUGCAGCACAUGAAGCGUGUUGAUGUCGUUAUCGAGGUUCGCGAUGCUAGGAUUCCUUGGACAACAACUCACCCCGAUGUUCCAGGAUGGGCACGGCCACGUCCGCGGGUCAUUGUCCUGACCAAGGCGGAUCUGGUUCCCCGCGCAGCACUCGAGGAGACGAUCCGGUACAUCAAUGAGACUGACCGAGACCGUGGAGUACCAGUAGUCCCUGUCGAUGCCUUGAUGGGCACGUUUGGGAUUGAGGAGCUUCGAACGGAACUGCUGAAAGCUGGUGCCUAUGUGAACAGAAGGCGGAAGCGCAAGGGCAUCAAUCCAAGAGCGAUUCGCACCAUGAUGAUUGGCUUCCCGAAUGUUGGGAAGUCCUCUAUCAUCAACCGCCUUACAGGCCGCAAAGUGGCUGACCGGAUGGGAAAGCCUGGCCUAACCAAGAGAUUGACAUGGCACAAGAUUGGCGGCUUCAGGAACACUGAGCUGGAGUUCCUGGAUGCUCCCGGAUUUAUUCCUGUAGGCUUUGGCAGACGCUUUACAAAGGAGCAGCAGGAGCUGCUGUGCAUGUGCCGCGUAUUCGGCGAGAAGCACGUCGACCGACAGCAGACUGGCUACGACCUGGUCACCCGCCUUGGCAAGUUGUGGAAAGAGAAUCCUCACAUGAUCGAGAAGACUGUCUGGAGUGAAACUCAACGCAUCUAUGGCGUCGAUCUCCAGAAAGCCAUCAGGCACGAAGGACCGCUCCUUCCCAAAUUUGUGCCCGUCAUGAAUCCUGACCCAUUUCUGGGCAAGAUGAUCAAUGACUUCAACCGUGGCCGAUGGGGAAGGAUUCAGCUGGAAGCCCCACCGCGCGCCCCCGUCAGGGUCCAGGAUUACGGGCAUUUGCUCCAGGGAUCCGCGCAGACCUUGAAGCAUCUGGAUGCUGGCAAAUCAAUCCGGGGCAUGCUUGGUCCUGGCCGUCAGCAGGUCCAGCUUCCUGCAAAAGAUGAGCCAGAGCGGGAGAAGGUUCCAGCGAUGUUGCGCAGCGGGAACGUGUCCAACGAG